AUGUCAUCGUCAGUGAAUUCUACUACGUCUGCACCUAAUAUAACAGUCUACUUACCGGUACCAGAUGUGAGCCCUGAAGUUAUCAUAAUACCCGUUAUAUUUGGGCUGGUGUGUAUUUUGGGAUUAGUCGGGAACUCUUUGGUCAUCAUUGUAGUGCUCAAAGAGAGAAAGAUGAAAACCACCACAAACCUAUUCAUUCUUAACUUGAGUCUUGCAGACUUUUUCUUUUUAUUGAUCUGCGUGCCGGUUACAGCUGUGAGCUACGCCAGUCCCAGUUGGCCAUUCCGACAAUUUAUAUGCAAAAUAGUCAACUAUCUGCUUUUCGUCAACAUGUACGCUAGCGUCUACACUUUACUCAUGAUGUCGUUCGAUCGUUACCUGGCAGUGGUAUACCCGAUACGGUCUAUGAAGUUCCGCAAUGUUCGCAAUGCUUCUACCGUAGUGAUCACUAUGUGGUGUGUAAUUCUCUUAGCACUUUCUCCCGUCGCUGUGAAAUUUCAAACAUACUCCUUCGUAGACGAAUACGGGCGUUCUAUAACGUACUGUGGUGCAUCUUUUACACCGUUCGAAUUUAAUCUAUUCUGGCUCCAACUGUUCUUCACCUCGUAUCUGGUGCCUCUUAUCAUAAUAAGCAUCACUUACUUUUUUAUGUUGAAACGCCUGUGGACGGGGGUAGCGCCCCAGGGUUCACAUACGAAAGAGAGUGUCAAGCAGAAGAAAAGGGUAACGAAAAUGGUCGUGUUUGUAGUGAUUAUCUUCUGUGUAACGUGGAUGCCGAUACAGAUAAUGUCAGUGCUUUUAACUCUCGAGUUAAUACCUUACAGCGAGACCACGACAAUAUGUCUCUGGAUUGGCAAUAUUCUUUCUUACAUCAAUUCAUGUGUUAACCCCAUUAUAUACGCAUUUCUAUCGGACAAUUUUAGAAAAUCAUUCAAGAAAGUAUGCAUAUGCUACAGAGAAAGUGCCCAAAUUGAUUUCGAUCGGACGGACGGCCGCGUAUCGGAAAACUCUCCUGGAACACAGACGGUUAGUGCCUGA